UGUGUGUUCAAAAGUAUGUGUUUUGCUUCUGUAGGUGGUGCUGGGGGUAAAGGUGUUUGGGGAACACCUGGAGAAGUUUAUGGCGAAGAUGAAGUCGAUUAUAAAGAUCCCAAUUACGAUGCAGAGCAGGAAAACUGUGUAUACGAGACGGUCGUCCUUCCUCUGGAUGAAGAGGCGUUCGAGAAGACGGUCACUCCUAUCGUGCAGGAGUACUUUGAACAUGGAGAUGCCAAUGAAGUGGCGGAACUGCUUGCUGAGCUGAAUCUGGGCAGUAUGCGUGGCGACGUGCCCAUGCUAGCUGUAUCGCUAGCACUGGAGGCUAAGGCAAGCCACAGAGAACUAACGUCUCGUCUGCUGAGUGAGCUCUGCGGUCGAGUACUCACUGCUGGCGAUGUCCAGGCCUCCUUCCACAAACUGCUGAAAGAACUGCCCGACCUGGUGCUGGACACACCUGGAGCUCCACAGGUAACACACUAAUGCCAGCAUACGCCC